AUGGCCGACAACGAUGCAGGAGGAAAGGGAGCUGGUGGACGGCGUAAGAACCGCGAUAUGGGACGGUCAGAAUGGAGGUAUGUGGCAUGGGGUUUCCAAAAGUACGGCCGGAGCCCAGCGGCUAACCAAGGAAGUCGUCAAAACAUAGACAAGAGGGCACGCACGGAAGAAAAAGAAGCGGCUAAGCGCCGCAAGCUCGAGAAUGGUGAAGCGAUCGCGACCCCUAUCUAUGCCACGGAGUUCUCGAAGGACGAAAUCGACAAUGAGGAGCGCCGUCCGAAAAAGAAAGUUGCGGUCAUGAUCGGUUACUCUGGAACAGGUUAUUAUGGCAUGCAAUUAAUCGAGGACAAGCCAACCAUCGAAGGCGAGCUGUUUGCGGCCUUGGUCGCAGCUGGCGCAAUCUCCAAAGCCAACGCAACCGAUCCCAAGAAGUCGUCAUUCGUUCGCUGUGCACGUACCGACAAGGGUGUGCAUGCCGCGGGAAACGUGAUCUCCCUCAAGAUGAUUGUCGAGGACCCUGAUAUCGUGCAGAAGAUCAAUCAGCACCUCAGUCCGCAGAUCCGGGUGUGGGGAUUUGAGCAAACAGCCAAGAGUUUCAGCUGUUAUCAGAUGUGCGACUCUCGGGUCUACGAGUAUCUGUUGCCAAGUCAUUGUCUCCUUCCUCCGCACCCUAGUACAUAUCUGGGGAAGAAGAUUGUGGAGCUUGCUGAGAAGGCAGGCGAUCUGGCUGAUGUCAAGGCCCGACAAGAGGAAGUUGCUGACUAUUGGGAGAAGGUCGACGAGGAAUAUAUUAAGCCCAUUCUGGAGAACGUGCCAGAGGAUAUUCGCAGCAUCGUUCAGCAGUCUCUCUUCUCCAGCGAUCAAGAGGGAAAGCCCGAAAACGAGGAUCAGCCGGCCGCAGAAGUGUUGGAGACGCCCACUGAGCAAACUGCGCAGCCGCAAGAAUCUGGCGCCGAUCAGCCUGAGGAGGACAAGCCUUUUGAGAUGGAUCCUCGCCAGAAGCUGAUCUACGACACAAUCAAGGCGGUCAAGGCAGCGUAUAUCAAGGCCAGACGGGCCUACCGCGCCCCUGCUUCCCGUAUUGCUCGCUUGCAAGAGAGCCUCAAUCGAUAUGUGGGUACCGUGAAUUUUCACAACUACACGAUUCAGAAAACCUUCAAGGACCCAUCAUCCAAGCGCCACAUCAAGUCAUUCAAUGUGAACACGAACCCUGUGGUCAUCAAUGGGACUGAAUGGCUUAGCCUAAAAGUUCACGGCCAGAGCUUCAUGAUGCACCAGAUUCGAAAAAUGGUUGCCAUGGCCGCCCUUGUUGUUCGUUGCGGCUGCCACCCCGACCGAAUCAAGGACACCUAUGGACCAGCACGUAUUGCCAUUCCCAAGGCUCCGGGACUGGGGUUGUUACUUGAGCGGCCCAUCUUUGAUAGCUACAACUCCAAGGCCAGUGGCCUGGGCCGUGGGCACGUCCACUUUGAGAAUUUUACCAAGGAAAUGGACGAGUUCAAGCAGCGGGAGAUCUACGAUAGGAUUUUCCGGGAGGAGGAACAGACAUCAUCUUUCGCCUCAUUCUUCAACCACAUCGACCACUUCCAGACCAGCUUCUUCCUUUACUGCACAUCUGGUGGGAUCGAGGCAUCGAAGCUUGUGUCUGCCCCCAGCGGUGCCAAGGGUAGGACUAAGGGGAAAGCCAGUGAUAAGGCUGGAAAGGAUGAGAGCGCGGCUCUGGCCGAGGUUGAAUCUUCCUCCGAGGAGGAGGGCGACCUGCCAGAUGGUGGAGAGGAAGGCGGUUGA